CGUAAUGGAAACAAAAGACUUGGAUAAUUUUAGUGAAAUUCGCUUGGAUUGUAAAUCCGAAAGUCAUAGUGAUACGGAAACCGAAAGUGACGCUGAAUCCCAUAGUGAUUCCGAAUAUCACAAUGAUCGAACUACUCCCCAACGAAUACCUUUAGAGCCCGUAGACUUUGAGAAAUAUGUACACGAGAAUUAUGAGGAUAAAAUAAAAAUAUUAAAUCGUUCAACAUUUCAACAGAUUCCUAAACCAAUUAUAAUAUCUUUCAAUCAUUUUCGUGAAAAAUGUGCCUACCACACCAAAUAUUUGGAUAGAUUGCAUGAAUUGUGUUUGAAAUAUGGAGAUCGUAUUGAGUUCAUAGCAGCCGAUAUAUUUGAUAUAGAUAUAUUGAAAUAUAAACGAAUUUCUAUAGAGUUUUUCUAUGAUGAAAAUCCUGAAAAUGUGAUACCCACUAUUUUUGCCAUCGAUGAACAGAAACGUGUGCACGAACUAAACUAUACAGAGGAGCAGAGUUUGGAAAAUCUAUCGAAUUUAUGUGAAAAUCUUUUAAAUGGCAGCCUAUUUAAAUCGCAACCCCUGCCAGUUACGGAUAAAGUCAGUCAUGUGAAAAUCUGUGUUCAUGAUAAUUACAAGGAGUUGGUGACAAAUUACAUGAAACAUAUUUUACUAAUAGUGAAUCAUACAGAUUAUGAUGAGCUUAACAUGGAAGAUGGUGAUAAAUAUGAAGCUGUAGCUGAACAAUUGGCAGCUUAUAAUGUGGAUGUUGUUUACAUAAAUGGCGACAAGAACUAUUUGCCAUAUGAAUUGGGAAUUGUAUGUUAUACGACCAUGAUAAUUAUACCACCGGAUGAUAAAACAGAUUUCCUAACUCAUCCAAUUAUAGGCCCUGAAACACAGGAAAAUAUUAUCAACUGCAUUAUAGCAUAUAAGAAAGAUCGUAAGACAUAUAUGGAACUAAAGCAAAAGGAAUUAGGUAACGUAUGGUACCAUCCUUUAACUAUAACACCAGACUUAAAUAUAGACCUUAAAGAUCUGCAGCAGUAUUUACAAGACAAUUGUGGCCCUUGCCUGAAUGUAUUUGAGCGCGAAACUUUCCAAACCUGCAAAGAACCUAUUAUUAUAGCAUUUAUGGAUUUUCAAAAUGGUAAAUGUUUAGCUGAUCAUAUGAAAUGGAUAGAUCAAAUCUAUCAAGUAGCCAUUAAUCUCGCCGAACAAAGAGAAUAUUUUAUAGCUGAUUUCAAAGACAUAGAUGUAAUCAAUAGUCAAUGGAAACCUCAAGAUUUCAGCGAAACUAUGGCACCUAAAGUAUUCGGUUUAGAUAGUAAUAAAAAUAAAUUUGUAAUGAAGGAAUUUAAAAAUGCCGCCUCACUGUUCUAUUUUGCGUAUAAUUUGUCUGCAGGAUAUCUGGGUGAAGAAGAAAUGGUGAAUUCUAGUAAUUAA